AUGAGUGAUAAAUGGAUAUCAUCUUUAAAUGAUGGUGCAUUGGGCAUUAAUACAUUUGCAGCGUGCGUCAGUUUAAGUGAUUUAUACGGUGAUGGUGAUUACAAAUUAAUAAUCGGUGAUAUUGGAACGGGCCGAUAUAACAUGAAAUUGAAGCUAUUCAAAGGCAUAACUCUGAUAGGUGAAAGCGCCCUUACUGAUGUUCCAUCGGCUGUAGUACCACUUAUUAAUGAAUUGAUACAACCAAAUUCGCCAUCGAUUGCCGUCUCGUCGAGUGCCUCAGUUUUAAUUUAUAAAAAUUUAAAGCCUUUUUAUAAAUUCAAUAUUCCCCCUGUUGAGAUCGAUGAGAUGGAAUUAGAAGCGUGGCGAUUAGCUAAAAGCGGCCAAAUCGAUUCAUCGCAGUUAUAUGCUGUUUUAUCAAAACUCAGCGAAAAAUUAAGUGCGAAUAAAUUAACUCCAUUAUCACAAACUUUUCUGUGCUCUCGAAAAACAGAAUGGAGUUCUUUUGUAACACAAUUUGAAGAUAAGAAAUUAAUUUCUCGACCAGUCGUCACUUCUAUGACAACACUCAAGAAAUCUUCAGCAAAUGCAACAUCCAUCGACUGCCUUGUAAUAGGAACUGAAUUUGGUCUUAUCUAUUGCGUCGAUUCUCAGGCGUUUGUCGUAAUUGCCAAGUGCAGUGUCAGUGGGGUACCUUCAUUUCUUUAUGCAACCGGCAAGUUCUUUUUCCUCUUCAAUAAAGUUUAUUAUAAACUUUUAUACGAAAGUAAUAACCUAUUCAUUCUUCCUCUAUCAGUAAGGACCAUUCUUGCAACUAAUGGAGUCAGUAUAAUAAGGAUUUUUGACGUCGAUUAUCGAAUAUUGGUAAGUUGUCGUAAUGCAGAAGUAUUUUCGAUAAAACGAGGUAUAACCGAGUUAGAAAAGCCUUUAUUUACGGUGAGAUCGGAUAUUAUUGGAAUGGUGCAAAUAGGAAAGCAGAUUAUUAUUGCUUGUGAUGACUGUUCUAUCUCAUUUUUUACAACGAAAGGUAAACGCCACGGUGUAUUAAAAAUGGAUUCAUCAAUAAAAGGUAUCGAUGUAUUCUCGUAUGAACCCCGCCAGUACAAUGCACUAAUUGUUGCACUCCAAAAUGAGGUGAGAAUUUACCAGAAAUUAGUGAUGGUCGACCGUCUCAAAAUUGAUGUACCAAUAAAUUGGAUUCGGUUUGGUCGAUUCGGUAGAGAAGAAGGAUCACUGAUAAUUGGCUCAAGAAAUGGAGGAUUAAAUAUUAAGCUUUUUCGAAGAACUGCAGUUCUGGAUGAAUGUUGCGGCCAAAUAGGACCUCCAGUGGCACAAAAUCGGAAACUGAACGUACCAAGGCGCACAAAAAUUUUUGUCGAUCAAACGAUUCGAGAGCGAGAACAAGCUCAGAUUAUGCAUCAGGUCUUUCAACGUGACCUCUUCAUGCUUCGCCUUGGAGUGACUAAAGCAUUCGCUAAUCUCAUGGAAAACUCUACGAAUACGUCAACUGUAAAACAAGAUGAAACGGUUGACAUAUCUGCGGAGAUAAAUGGUUUCGGACCAAUUUUCAAGAUGAUUGUUAAGAUUAAAACAAUCUGCACACAACCUCUCGAGAAUCACUGGCUUAUAUUUCAUUAUAACAAGGAAUUAUAUUCACUUCAGGAUUUUCUGAUUGCUCUACCCGCUUUAGUGCCAGGAAAAACGUAUAGUUUCAGCACAUUUGUUCACCGACUGGAGCCAGAGAAAGCAAUUAGUGAUGAUAUCCGGAUAUUUCUGGCUUUUGGUUCAAAAAUUAUUGUUGCAGCUAUUGUUAAUAUGCCUGUUAGUGAAAUGGGCAUUAACUGA